AUGGCCCCUUCUCGCCACCUCUCCAGUCGAGUUAUUAAAGAUGAAUUGGCGGCCAAGUUGUCUGCAGGCCCAGGAUUCCCCUUUGGAGGAUUAGGUGGCCCACCUCGAUUGGGAGUUGUCGCGCCCCCUGCCACCGUUAACCACAGUGCCGUGGCUUCUGGCGACACAACUCCCGCCUCCCUCUCACCCGGAUCACCAUCUACUUCUGGGUAUGGUUCACGAGAGGCAAACCUCAGCGGUUCAGCAGGCGAAAAUGAUGGAACUAAGGACUCCUACAUGGAAGGCGCCAUGCUACGAAUCAAUCUCAAUCGUCAGCGCAAACACAGAAGUCGAACUAAGCAACCAAGCGCUGGCUCACCAGUAACAGCAGCAGUUGCAUCAACCCCUCUUCAUCGUAUCUCUGAAGUAGAUACUGCGGACUCAUCGAUUGGACAGAGUUAUACCCAAUCCAGUCCCCAACACUCACCCCUGAUCUUUCCUAAACCUAAAAUAUUACCUAGAUCCUCAAGAACGUCUUUGGAAGCAAAAGAAGAGACGACGGUGAUACCAUAUUCACCAAAAACCCAAUCUCCUAAGACACCUACAUCUGAUUGUGACGCUAAUGAAUUCUUUGGCUCUAAAUUAGCCGCUAAUUCUGAUGAAAACGUCUUCCGUGAAGAAAAAUCGAGGGAGGAAGAAGAUCGAGAGGCCUUAAAUGGUCGAACCAACACUGUGGCGAAAUCUCAUCGAGACAAUGCAGAGGUAGUUAUCAGUAGCCGGCCUUACAGUUUUUCUUCACUGUCCUCAUCUCCACGAAAUCAAGAAGAAGGAGAAAAAGGAGGCUCAGCAGGUAAAGAACCUCCCUCCCACUCUCCUAUGCUCUCCCCUUCUGAAAUGCGGUUUUCCAGAGGUGUCAGAAUUCGAAGUUUGGGGGAGUCGGAUGACAAGCUCCUCGCACAGCGACAAUUUAAUCUAGGCAUAUCCUCUCCUGUUGGAUUCUCACCUCAAUGCCCAUCUAAACGGAUUAAUUCUGGAGUCAGGGAAGAGAAUUCCCCUCUAACGGUACCUUCUAAGGUUGAAGAAGAGACCGAGGAGAGAGAGAAUAGUGGAGAGAAUGAAUCAUGGUCGCCAUCUGUAGGCUCACCUCCUAGGGUGAUUGCCUCUAUUGCUGAAAAACCGAAAGAGGUGCCCCAAGUCGAAGGUAUUUUGGGUGUUCGUUUACGAGCAUCCUCAGACCGCCAAAAUCCGCCUAGUGAUGGGGCGCGAAUUCUGAGUUCAAUUGGAGAGGAUAAUACAAAUCGACACUCCCGUGUCUGUGACCUUGUUAAGGUCUUCCAACAACACCAAUAA